GCAAGGUGUGUGUAGUCUGGCUGGCCACGACCCACGGGACAACACAGCGAGCUAGAGAGGCUGGUGUUAGCAAGACUACGGAACUUGGGAUCAAGACAUGUGCAGACAUGCCCCAUGACAUCAUGGAAGUAGACUACCUUUAACAGUAUGCUGAGACAGGUGCUGAGCACAGCAGGUGCAACAGAACGACAGCUGUUUGGUCAACAGAAGAAGAUGCUCAGGGCCUGACAUCACUGCAGUGGAGGAGCAGUGGGUUUAGAAGGAGCUGACAGAAGGACUGCUACCAUGGCUGAUGGAAAGGGAUUCACCUGUCUUAUGGUCAUUCUCAUCCUGGGGAAUAUAUUUGGAGCUGCAGCAGGUCUUGCCCUUUGUGCUCUGGCCAUCUGGGUUGCAGUAGAUGAAUACAAGCUCUACCCUAUAUCUAGUGUGUCGGGGAAAGAUGACAUCUUUGCCGGGGCCUGGAUUGCCAUUUUCACAGGCUUUGCCUUCUUCUGCAUGUGUGUCUUUGGUAUCUUGGCUGCUGCGAAGAAGAGCCGUGCCUUAAUGCUAACAUAUCUGAUCCUGAUGUUGAUCAUCUACAUAUUUGAGUGUGCCUCGUGUAUCACUGCAGUCACCCACAGAGACUAUCUGGUUGGAAACAGUAAUCUGGUGAAGAAGCAGAUGCUGAAGUACUAUGCAGCCGACGGUGACUCUGGCAGUCGGAUCACACUGACAUGGAACAAAGUGAUGAAAGAGGUGGAGUGUUGUGGAACAGGGCCAGUGGACUGGAUAGAGUACAACUCCACCUUCAGGGAGAAGUUUGGUACAGACUACCCCUGGCCCACCCACUGCUGCAAGAGGAAGAACAACUACGAGGUGGUGAAUAUAGAGGCCUGCAAGAACGGCCAGAACACCACCAUGUUCACUAAGGGCUGCUUCAACCACAUUGAGUCUGUGUUCAGUCGAUAUACAUGGGCUAUCAGCUGGUAUGGUUUCGCUGUGCUAAUGUUUAUGUUCUGGCUGUUGAUCCUGGCCAUGGUGUACUACCUGAUGCUAUGAGAAGUCUGGAGGUGAUGUCUGCUGAAGCCACACCAACCCUCACUUCAGGAACUACCUAAUUUCUUAAAUAACAAAUGACUGUGGGAAUGAUAACAGAAAAGUUUUCUGAUAUAUAGAGAAUGAACACUGUGUAGGGAUGUUCCAUCUUUUUAGGUAAAUGGUCUCAAAUUUGUAUAUUUUAUUUAUGUAUAUUUUUUUAAUGGUUUAUUGCACUGUAAAUGCUAGAUGAACAAAUGGUGAUUGGCCUGAGAAUUUCAAUGUCCUAACUGCUUUGGUAAUGGGAUAUAUAUAUAGUUCUUGUCAUUAAUUGUACAGUACCAGUCAAAAGUUUGGACACACCUACUUAU